CGCUCGAGGAGAGGGAGUGGGCAUGGAAGCGGCACCGAGUGUCUUACAAAAGAAAACCAGAAAUGGAGAGAGAGGGAGAAACCAAAAGCCCAGAAACGAGGGAAGGGAAGGGAAGGGAAGGGAAGGAUGAUGUGGAUGGAGACAAGCAAGCAAGAAAGAAAAAAACGAGAGAGAUAUGAACUCCUCGUCUUGCAGAGCAGCCGAAAACGUGAAAUGAAAGUUAUAUAAUACACAGACACAGAUGAAGAAAGAGAGAGAGAAGAGAGAGAAAGAAACCUUGGAUCCCAAAAGCCUCUUCAUAAACAAUUCAUCUGUGUUGCUUUUAGUACUCUCAGCUCCCCCAAUUUUCCUCUCUGUUUGUUUCCCCCAAUGAAACCCUCUUAGUUGCAGACAGACUGAGGGAGAAAAAGAAAAGAGCCGAGUCUUUUUCCUUUUCCCUCACCUUCUUUUCUCUCUCUAGUAGAUUUCGUCGGGAAUGGGAGUUCGCUGCUCCAAAUUUGGCCUCUGCUGGUGGCCUUCCAAUCUCAAGUCCAACCUCCCUCGCUCAUCGUCUGAUCGCGGCGACGACGACGACCUCUCCUUGCCCAGCUUCAGAGAGUACAGUUUGGAUCAGCUUAGGUCUGCCACCUCGGGCUUCUCGGUCGACCACAUUGUGUCCGAGCACGGCGAGAAAGCUCCCAACGUUGUGUACAGAGGACGCCUCGAGGACGGCAUUUGGAUAGCCGUCAAGCGCUUCAACAAGUCGGCCUGGCCCGACGCUCGCCAGUUUCUGGAUGAAGCGAGAUCGGUUGGGGAGCUAAGGAGCGAGCGGCUGGCGAAUUUGGUUGGCUGUUGCUGCGAGGGCAACGAGAGAUUGCUUGUUGCCGAGUUCAUGCCUCAUGAAACUCUCUCGAAGCAUCUUUUCCAUUGGGAAAUGCAGCCUAUGAAAUGGGCAAUGAGGAUUAGAGUUGCUUUCUACUUGGCACAAGCACUGGAUUACUGCAGCAGUAAGGGGCGGGCACUAUAUCAUGACCUCAAUGCUUACAGGGUUUUGUUCGAUCAGGAUGGUAAUCCCAGGCUCUCGUGCUUUGGCCUUAUGAAGAAUAGCAGGGAUGGCAAGAGCUAUAGUACAAACUUGGCCUUCACUCCUCCAGAGUACUUAAGGACAGGUAGAGUUACGCCAGAAAGUGUAAUCUACAGUUUUGGCACCCUAUUGCUUGAUCUUCUCAGUGGCAAACAUAUUCCACCAAGCCAUGCACUGGACCUCAUACGCGGGAAAAAUUUUCUAAUGCUGAUGGACUCUUGUUUGGAGGGUCAUUUCUCAAAUGAUGAUGGAACAGAGUUGGUGCGGUUAGCUUCACGUUGUUUGCAGUAUGAACCUCGUGAGAGACCAAAUGCUAGGUCUCUCGUGAUUGCUCUCACUUCUCUUCAGAAGGAAACCGAGGUAUCUUCUCAUGUUUUAAUGGGCAUUCCCCAUGAAACUGCACUUUCAACGCCAACAGCAGUAUUAACUCCUCUAGGUGAAGCUUGCUCAAGACUUGAUCUAACAGCCAUACAUGAAAUACUGGAGGAGAUAGGAUACAAGGAUGAUGAAGGAGUUGCAAAUGAGCUUUCCUUCCAAAUGUGGACUAGUCAAAUACAGGAAACGUUGAAUAUCAAGAAAGCUGGGGAUUCUGUUUUUCGAGCUAAAGACUUCACUGCUGCCAUUGACUAUUAUACACAAUUCAUCGAUGAGGGAACCAUGGUAUCACCAACGGUGUUUGCCAGACGCUGCCUAUGUUAUUUGAUGAAUAAUAUGCCCCAAGAAGCUCUGGGGGAUGCUAUGCAAGCCCAAGUAAUAUCUCCUGAUUGGCCUGCAGCAUUCUAUCUUCAAGCAGCUGCGCUCUUUAAAUUGGGGAUGGAUAACGAUGCAAAGGAAACACUCAAAGAUGGCUCAUUAUUGGAUACCAAAAAGAAAAGAAAUUGAAAGUGUAUAGGUUUUCCGUUUUCUGUCUUUUACCAACAAAAGAAAACGCCUUGUAUCUAUCUAUCUAUCUAUCUUUUUCCUUUUUCUCUUUGCCAUUUGAGUUUCUGCAGCACGAAAGGGCAAGGGUAUGUAUGUUUCAACAUCCCAGUGUGGGUGGUCUGAGAAUGUUCUCAUUUAUCUUGCAGACAGAUUUGAAGGAAAGCAUUUCCUACUCUUUUUUUAUACCUUUAUAUGACAAUGAUAAGAACAAUCAUCAUGUUUGGAACGACGUCUGUGAUCACAUUGCUUGAUUACUGUUGC